AUGGAUGCUACAACGAGUGGAACUCCGGCUUUACAGUACCAUAACUUACCGGAGCAACCAGUUUCGACUGCUUCUCCUCCACUGUCUCCAUUUCAGAGACAAAAACGCCACUGCUUCGGAGACUCAACUCCUGGAGAGUUUCCUUUAGCAGCUAGUCCUUCCAUUGUCCUCCACGUUCUCACCGAAUGUAGAUUGGAUCCUCGUGACCUCGCAAAUCUAGAGGCAACAUGCUCGUUCUUUAGCCAGCCAGCAAACUUUGCUCCGGACUCUGACUUAUCGCUACCGGAGCUAGCUGCUCUCGACAUGUGUAACAAAAGAGUGAUCUUCAAGCCCAUGGACGAAGAAGAACGUCAAGAAAUGAAACGCAGAUGCGGAGGCUCGUGGAAGCUAGUCCUUAGGUUUUUGCUGGCUGGUGAAGCGUGUUGUCGAAGAGAGAAAUCUCAAGCCGUCGCUGGUCCCGGCCAUAGCAUCGCCGUGACAUCGAAAGGCCAAGUCUUUACUUUCGGCUACAACAACUCUGGUCAGCUAGGUCAUGGCCAUACCGAAGAAGAAGCUCGGAUCUUGCCCGUCAGAUCGUUGCAGGGGAUUCGAAUCAUCCAAGCAGCUGCUGGUGCUGGUCGAACAAUGCUUAUAAGCGACAGUGGAAAGGUUUACGCUUGCGGGAAAGAUUCGUUCGGUGAAGCGGAAUACGGAGGGCAAGGGACUACACCGGUUACAACUCCUCAGCUAGUGACAUCUUUGAAGAACAUAUUCGUUGUUCAAGCUGCUAUUGGGAAUUUCUUUACUGCUGUGCUCUCGAGAGAAGGAAAGGUUUAUACUUUCUCUUGGGGCAACGACGGGAGGCUCGGACACCAAACCGAGGCUACGGAUGUGGAGCCUCGGGCUUUGUUAGGUCCGCUGGAGAAUGUGCCUGUAGUGCAGAUUGCUGCUGGUUAUUGCUACCUUCUUGCUUUGGCUUGUCAACCUAAUGGCAUGUCGGUUUACUCGGUUGGUUGCGGUUUGGGAGGCAAGCUAGGUCACGGGUCAAGAACGGACGAGAAGUAUCCUCGGGUGAUACAGCAGUUUCAGCUACUGAAUCUUCAACCGAGGGUGGUUGCAGCGGGUGCUUGGCACGCGGCGGUGGUAGGUCAGGACGGGAGAGUGUGCACUUGGGGUUGGGGAAGGUAUGGUUGCUUAGGACACGGUAACGAGGAGUGUGAGUCGGUGCCUAAGGUUGUUGAAGGGCUAAGCCAUGUCAAGGCGGUUCAUGUGGCGACUGGUGACUACACGACUUUCGUUGUCUCGGAAGAUGGAGAUGUUUACUCGUUUGGUUGCGGCGAAUCUGCUAGUCUCGGUCACCAUCCAGCCUUUGAUGAUCAGGGUAAUCGGCAAGCGAAUGUGCUGAGUCCAGCGGUAGUGACAUCGUUGAAACAAGCAAAGGAGAGGAUGGUGCAGAUUAGUCUAACGAAUUCGAUAUAUUGGAACGCUCAUACGUUUGCGCUCGCUGAAUCGGGGAAGCUGUUUGCGUUUGGUGCGGGGGAUAAAGGUCAGCUUGGAGCAGAGCUUGGUCGUAACCAAACGGAAAGGUGUGUACCGGAGAAAGUGGAUAUUGAUCUCAGCUAG